UCUGAAUACUUGCUCCACCUCUGCGGCCCUAAACAUCUGGCAUCCAGUGAUUUAAUCUUUAAUAACCUGUUGUGUUAACUAAACCUGCCAUGUGUUUCUGAACAUAAAAGUCUCACUCUGAGAAGCUCCAGCUGUAGGGUCCAUGUAACGGAGGUCUUCCUAUGUGUGGAUUUGCUGUUUUUGCACCAGUGGAGGAUGUGAGCUGUUGGAGCUGAAGUUUGUUGUUUGAGGGCAGCACUGAUAGACAUGCGCACAGCUGAUGGAAGAGAGGCACAUCUGCACUGACGUCAUCUCCCCCCCCUGAAAAAGCUGGCAGUUUGAAGCUGCCCUGCACUGGGACAGACCCGGUGUCUGAGAGAGGGGGAGCAGCUGCAACACAACUCCUGCUGCUGUUAGGAUGCAACUUUUUUCCCCUCUCCACUUUUUCUGAGCCAUGAACGCAUCAUAGAGACGACAGACAGAAAAGAGAAGCCCUGCUGGAGGAGAUCCAAGACAGAAACAGCUGAAUUCUUCUUUUUGUUUUGUCUCUGUGCUGAGAUACUGCCGCGGUGGGCUGAAGAGGUGGGGGGGAGAAUCAGAGGAUGGCAGAGCUCAGGAGGAGAUGAGCAGAGGAGGUUUGUGUGAGGAACCAGAGAACUGCACAACUCUUUUGUCCUGAGCUGCAACACUUGGACUGGAGCUGACAAUGAAGAUGAGCCUGGAAUGCAGAUGGAUCGGUCAAGACAAGUUUCCAAUAUAGAGCUUCGUGUUUGGAGUUACACCUGAGCCUGACUCUGUCUGAUGGAUUACAGUGUUUUCUUCGAGCUGCUGACAUGAAUCCAGAGGCCACUGACAUGUGGAAGCGCUCGCCUUCAGGAGGAAUCUGAGACCCGGAUGAGCCUUGUAGCAUUUAAAGUGAAGGAGUAGAACCAUGGACUUGUUAUGGUGUCACGUCGGACUGAUCCCGUGCUGUUAACCCGCCUGUAGCGCCCUCUGCCCCCACCCCAUGUCACAUCUUUCCCUGAAUUAUGGAAAUUUUGUGGAAGACGCUGACUUGGACACUGAGCCUGGUGGUGAUGGCUGCUUCCGAAUUUCAGAGCGUCAACAGACUUUCACACAACUCUCAAGAGGAGUUCCUGUCCUACCUGCAGCACUACCAGCUGACUGUCCCGAUGCGGGUGGAUGAGAACGGAGACUUCCUGAGCUACACUGUGAAGCACCACCGGCCGGGCCGACGGAGACGGGGGGCGGUGGACCCCGUGAUGGGACCCCAGCCAACGUUAGACCCUCCAGAGCCCCGGCUGUUCUACAGACUGUCAGCCUACGGAAAGCACUUUCACUUAAACCUGACUCUCAGCCCCCACCUGGUGUCCAAACAUUUCACAGUGGAGUACUGGGGCAAAGAGGGGCUGGAGUGGCGCCAUAAAAUGGCAGAUAACUGUCACUAUGUGGGAUUCUUGCAAAAUCAGCACAGCACGACCCGAGUGGCACUCAGCAACUGCAAGGGCCUGCAUGGUGUUAUAACAACAGAGGAAGAACAGUAUUUAAUAGAGCCUUUAAAGAACAUAUCCUCCGCCACCUCCAGUGAAUGGAACCUGGAAGAAGCACAGCAACAUGUUAUUUAUAAAAUGUCUGCCAUUCCCUCACCACAAGAGCAUAGCCAGGAGUUCAGCUGUGGCCUUUCAGACCUCAUUAAAAGCAGUGCACCUUGCCAGUUUAGCACACCUUCCCCUGUCCACUCGCCCUCUGUUCCGAACGACAUCGAGCAGUCGAACAGCACCCACAGACAGAGACGCUCUGUCAGCACCGAGCGCUUCGUUGAGACGCUUGUGGUCGCUGAUAAAAUGAUGGUUGGCUACCACGGACGCAAAGACAUCGAGCACUACAUCUUGUCUGUAAUGAAUAUUGUUGCCAAACUUUACCGUGAUGCCAGUCUAGGAAAUGUUGUGAACAUUAUUGUGACCCGGCUGAUUGUUCUGACUGAAGAUCAGCCAAACCUGGAAAUUAAUCACCAUGCCGACAAGUCUCUGGACAGUUUCUGUAAGUGGCAGAAGUCCAUCCUGUCUCAUCAUAGCGAUGGAAACAGUAUUCCAGAGAACGGGAUGGCUCACCAUGACAAUGCCGUCCUAAUCACCCGAUAUGACAUCUGCACCUACAAGAACAAACCCUGUGGUACUUUAGGUUUGGCCUCAGUGGCUGGAAUGUGUGAGCCGGAGAGAAGCUGCAGCAUCAAUGAAGACAUCGGCCUCGGCUCUGCUUUCACCAUUGCCCAUGAGAUCGGCCACAAUUUUGGGAUGAACCACGAUGGGAUCGGGAAUUCCUGCGGCACCAAAGGCCAUGAGACAGCCAAGCUGAUGGCCGCUCAUAUAACAGCCAACACCAACCCUUUCUCCUGGUCUGCCUGCAGCAAAGACUACAUCACCAGCUUUCUCGACUCAGGUCGGGGGACGUGUCUGGACAAUGAACCUCUGAAACGAGACUUCCUGUACCCAACAGUGGCCCCGGGGCAGGUGUACGAUGCAGACGAGCAGUGCCGCUUCCAGUACGGAGCCUCCUCACGCCAGUGCAAGUAUGGGGAAGUGUGUAGAGAGCUCUGGUGCCUUAGCAAAAGCAACCGCUGUGUAACUAACAGUAUCCCUGCUGCAGAGGGGACUCUGUGCCAGACAGGCAGCAUCGAGAAGGGGUGGUGCUACCAGGGGGAGUGCGUGGCGUUCGGUACCUGGCCUCAGAGCGUGGACGGAGGCUGGGGGCCGUGGUCGCUGUGGGGGGAGUGCAGCAGGACCUGUGGGGGCGGUGUAUCUUCCUCCAUGAGGCACUGUGACAGCCCAGCCCCGUCUGGAGGAGGCAAGUACUGUCUCGGAGAGAGAAAACGAUACAGAUCCUGUAACACCGACGCCUGUCCUGCAGGAUCUCGUGAUUUCCGAGAGAAGCAGUGCGCCGAUUUCGACAGCAUGCCUUUCCGUGGGAAGUACUACAACUGGAAGCCUUACACUGGUGGUGGCGUGAAGCCCUGCGCUCUGAACUGCCUGGCAGAGGGUUAUAACUUCUACACAGAGCGUUCACCAGCAGUCAUCGAUGGCACCCGCUGUCAGGCCGACUCUCUGGACAUUUGCAUCAAUGGAGAGUGUAAGCAUGUGGGCUGCGAUAACAUCCUGGGUUCUGAUGCUAAAGAGGAUCGAUGCCGUGUGUGUGGAGGAGAUGGCAGCACCUGUGAGGCCACCGAGGGACUCUUCAACGAUUCCCUGCCCAGAGGAGGCUACAUGGAGGUGGUUCAAAUCCCAAAAGGAUCGGUUCACAUUGAGAUUAAAGAAAUUGCCAUGUCAAAGAAUUACAUUGCGUUGAAAUCCGAGGGGGAUGAUUAUUACAUCAACGGAGCAUGGACCAUCGACUGGCCCAGAAAGUUUGACAUCGCAGGGACGGCCUUCCACUACAGGCGACCCUCGGAUGAACCGGAGUCUUUAGAGGCACUGGGGGCCACCACUGAAAACCUGUUUGUCAUGGUCCUGCUGCAGGAGCAGAACCUCGGAAUACGCUACAAGUUCAACGUGCCCAUCCAGCGCACAGGCAGCGGUGACAACGAGGUGGGCUUCUCCUGGCACCACCUGCCCUGGUCUGAAUGCUCAGCUACCUGCGCUGGAGGCGCUCAGAAACAGGAGGUGGUGUGCAAGAGGCUGGACGACAACUCGGUGGUGCAGAACAGCUACUGCGACCCAGACGGCAAACCUCCAGAGAACCAGAGAGACUGCAACACUGAGCCGUGUCCCCCGGAGUGGUUUAUUGGCGACUGGUCAGAAUGUGGGAAGACGUGUGAUGGCGGUAUAAGGACGAGGACAGUCCUGUGCAUCAGGAAGAUCGGCCCUGCUGAGGAGGAGACGCUGGAGGACACCCACUGUCUGACUCACCGGCCCAUCGAAAGAGAGUCCUGCAACAACCAGUCCUGCCCGCCAAAGUGGGUCACUCUGGACUGGUCUGAGUGCACGCCGAAAUGUGGUCCCGGCUUCAAACACCGCAUCGCCUUGUGUAAGAGCAGCGACCUGACCAAGACCUUCCCUCCCGCCCACUGCCCGAGCAACAACAAACCUCCAGUCCGAAUCCGCUGCAGUUUAGGACGCUGCCCUCCUCCUCGCUGGAUCCCUGGAGAAUGGGGACAGUGUUCAGCUCAGUGUGGCCUUGGCCAGCAGAUGAGGACGGUGCAGUGUUUGUCGUACACCGGACAGCCUUCUAAUGAGUGUGCAGAGUCCCUCCGACCCACCACCAUGCAGCAGUGUGAGAGCAAGUGUGACGCCACCCCCAUCUCCAACGGCGACGAAUGCAAAGAUGUCAACAAAGUGGCCUACUGCCCGCUGGUGCUGAAGUUCAAGUUCUGCAGCCGAGCGUACUUCAGACAGAUGUGCUGCAAGACUUGUCAGGGGCACUGACCCUCGGAGCAACAGAGAAGCUCGGACACAAAGGCAAAAAGGAUGGAGGGAAACGGCACUGAGAGGGAGAAGAAGAAAACAGCGUGCCAACCCAUCUCUGGACCAGUGGGAGAAAGAUAGAAGGAUCAGCGCUGCAGAAAGAGGGGGAGAGAAGUAAGGAUUUUCCUGUUGAUCACACCGGUCCUCCUGCCCUCCAUCAUGGUGGAAUCCAAACCACUGCUCAGCACGCAACGCUGACAAACACUUUUUUUUUUUUUUUUAAGUUUUCACUUCUGUGAAGUGGAAGAUUAUUUGUUGGUGAUGUUAUUUUUAUUAUAAUAAUAAUUAUUGAUAUCAUUGUUAGUCUUCCUCCGUGUUUAAUGAAUCCAAAGUGCUGGACACAUCGCUCACAGAGGAUGUACCCGGAGAUUAGAGGAGGGGGACGGGAGGCUCCAGCUCCUGUCUGUGGGACGACUGUGAUGGUGCUAUUGGCAGGCAGACUUUUGGCUUCGGUGCACUUUUUCGUGUAAAUACUUUUGCCAAUUGUACCGCUCAAAAACGACAGAGAAAGCCCAUCAGUGUACUGUAUAUUUAUUGUACAAUUCCAAACAGAGCUGAGAUUUUGUCCUCUGUCAUGUUUUCGUCAGAUAGUAGCCUACUGUCAUGGAAGGGAAUGUAAUGUGAUUGAAUUCAUAUUCAACGUGCUGGAAUGAGAAUAUUACAUACUGUAACAUACGUUAAACCCUUAUAUACUGUAAGGAUUUGUAUAUUAUUAAUAUAUAUGUUAAUCCAGGACCAGAAACUACCACACGGUUAGAGGAUUUUUAAUUUUUCUUUCCCCAGACUGGUGCCUUCAGUCACGUAAAAGUUCCCCUAGUGUCAAUCAUUAGUCCACAAUAUGCUGUCAGACGGUGCCUGGGCCAUGUGAAACACUGUUACCAAGAUGGCCUUUACUAAACAUCCAGUUGAGGAGUUUUCAGUUCAUUAUUGAAGGAUUCAUCUUGAAGGAGCAUUUUCUAUGAAGCAGCCUGUUCAUUGGAGUCACAGUGCAGUCACUAUUUCUCACUCUUCUCUGUCAAGAGUUGCUCAGAUUUUUUUGUAUUUUAGCUGCAAGAGUGGAAGGAACAGUUCAACAUUUUGGGAAAUGUCCCCAUUUGCCUUCUUGUCAAGAAUUAGAUGUGGAGAUUACGAGUUGAAUGGGAGAGUAGAGUCAGGAGAGGAUUAGCUUAGCUUAGCAUAAAGACUGGAGAUGGAGGGAAACUGCUAGCAGGGCUCUGUCUGAAGGUAAUAAGAUUCAACUCACCAGCAGCUCCUCUAAAGCUCAUUAAAUUAUAUAUUUCUACAAAAUCAGAGAUUAAAAAGAGAGGUUUAAAGAUUUAAACGCACUAAUAACCGCGCCACCAUUCAAAUCCAUUUUAGAACAAAGGAAAUAAGUCUGGCAUCAUCAAACAAAUGUGAAUUAUUCAAAAGUCGUUCAAUUCAUUUUCAAUUACCAGCAAUGUGAUAGGUCUCAGUAGUAUUCCACUUGUAUCAAACCUGCCUAGUAUUAGAUAAAUGGUUUAAAUUGGCUCAGCUUAAGCAAGGCCAGGUGGAAAUCUGUUGGAACGGUUGGGGAGGCGACCUAUUCUGCUAAAUCAAGACUGAGCUGUCAGGUUGUUUUAGUUCCAAGGCUGGUAAGCAAUGAUAGCUUUGUAACAUUUUUGCCGAUUCUGUCUUCCGUUCAGCACUGAGGUUUCGUAGCAGUUAGCAGACAACUGGUUUUGUUUCCAACUUCUUCUCCUCUGUUUAUCACUGUCAUGUAGCUUAAGCCACCACCUUCUGAUGACACCAUGCAGUCCAGUUUAUUCACUCCAAAGCAGUUAAAAAAACCGAGCCGUACUCCCAUUCUGUUUUUUUUUUUUUUGGGCACAUUUCAAACGUUUGUGUUAAAUGACAUGGAAGCAUGAGUAAUGACAGUGAUAAUACAGCCACUAGUUUCAUCUGAAGACUUAAUGUUUCAUUGCAGCUUAAAGGAGGUGAUGUCCUGAGCCUGGACUCUCUGUUGAUUAUCUGACUCGAGGACUUCACUGUGUCUGGCUAAUAGAUGUAUUGAAGAGAUCUGAUACCAAGUUUAAAGUAUCGGACAGCCAUUCAUUGGGCACAUACAACCAUUGAUGCAAGCAUUGAUACAAGCAUUUGCAGGACUAGAGUCUCCAGCUGAGUCAAUAGAGAGCACGUGUCCAAGACUUGUACCUUUCGAGCUAGUUGAAUUGUUGUUUGCGCUCUAAAAUAAUUUAAAUAUAUUUCUUACUAGACUUUUUAAAACUUACUGGACCAAAUGGACAAAUUCUGAUUACAAAAAGAGUCAUUUUGGGGGGAGUUGUGAUGCUCAGAAAAAUGUGUGCUUUGUUUCAAAGCUGCUACUUAUCAGUCCUGUUCAGCCACUCCUUUAUUCCUAGUAUGUUUUUCCUUAGAAAUAGUCCAAUGCACAACCUCCUUCCAAAACAUAGAUUUGUUUUAUUGGAUUAAAUUCAUAAGAUUACAGUAGUUAAUAAUUAUUGGGUUUUAAAGUUGCUGCCACUGUUUACUGUAGGCUAACAUCUCUUUUACAGACAUUAGAUUAGUCACAGGAAGGUAAAAAAGCAUAUCUCCCAAAAUGUUGAGCUGUUCCUGCUGAAUACACACCACACAUCCGGGCUUCACACACCCUCCCUCAGAUAAAGUUACCCUCUCGUCCUCUUUCCCUUCCCUCCCAUCAUCUUCACUGAAAAGAACAAAAACCGCAAACUCAAUGGUGCUUCCCCUCCUCUUGUAUUGUAAUUUUUUUUAAAUUUUAUUUCCAUGGAGUACUGUGUUUACCUCUUCUUUUCCUCCCGCUGUGCUCCGAGGGUUACGGCCUUCCCAGGCUUCUGGUGCUAUCAAGUGGGUGCUUUCAUUCAAACCCUCGCCAGUGUGCUUAAAAGUGAGGCUGGAUCCAAACAAUAUGAAAUAAUAUACGUGUCAAUAUCUCCGUUGGUAAAAAUGCUGGUCAUGUCAUUGUUUUUGUUUGUAUCUGUUUAUACCUCACACUGGGAAUUUGCAUUGUUAACCUUGUAUUGUUGUUUGUGCGACCAACAAAAUAGACACUCGCCCGGUCGUCGCUGAUCCCUUCCUGCUAGGGCUGUGAAAGGGAACACCUAUGAAAUGUCUCCAUCGCACACCUGUUGUGGAGAGAAACCUGAGAGACAGUGUAGGAGUGUGAGAGGAUCUCAUCGAAGCUGUUAACAAUGAAAUUUUGCUGCUGCUACUUUUUUGUAGCCACCUUCAGUAUGACAGAUUUUAUUGGUUAAAGGGGCAGAGCGGACAAUGGACGCCAUGAAGCGUUUCAAAUUCAAAGUGCUUGGACUGACUCGUCCGCUGGCCGUGGGAUAAAGGAGCCUCCAGAAAAAGAGAAGUGAACUCAAUCAAACUGGUACUCAUUGCUGUGAACUUGGAUGUUUGAAUGUCACAUUGCUUAUACCUGUACCUAAAGUGCAAGAGAAAAUGAGAGGCAUCAUGUGAUUAGUAUAUUUUAUAUUCAGUAUUAAUGUUGGUACACUGUUACUAAUUUUUUUUUUCAAAUGUAAAUUAUAUAAUUUAUUGCGUUGUCUCACUUGUACAUUUAUUUCACUGCAUGCAAACUGAAAUUUAGCAUAGUGAAAAAAAAUGCAGUGAUGCAGCCCUUCACCAACAUUUUUUUAAAAAGUAGAUACAAUAAAAAGAGCAGCUUUUAAAGAGA